AUGGCGAGCUCAUUCGAGAAGUCGGUCAAGGGCGCGACCAAGAUAAAGGCCGCGCCCCCGAAAACCAAGUACAUCGAGCACAUUCUGAUCGCCACACACGCCGGAGAAGCUGGAGUUGGGGAGGUGUUCCGGGCGCUGCAGAACCGGCUGCGCGACUCGACAUGGACGGUUGUGUUCAAGAGUCUAAUUACGGUGCACUUGAUGAUCAGGGAGGGCUCUCCGGAUGUGACGCUGUCAUACCUGGCCAGGCAUAGGAGUAUGCUCGCUAUCAGCAUGUUCUCCGAUGCCCAGACACAGGGACGCAACAUCAGGCAUUAUGCCGAGUACCUUGAGGAGAGGGCUCGUGCAUACAAGCACACGAGGGUCGACUGGGUUCGGGCAAAGGAGUCACGGCUCGAGAAGCUGACCAUUGACAAGGGGCUGCUGAGGGAAACAGAGGUCGUGCAGCAGCAGCUGACGGCACUCCUCAAGUGCAAUGUCCUGGAAAACGACCCAGAGAACGAGAUUACGAUAACCGUUUUCAGGCUCCUGGUCCUGGAUCUGCUUGCGCUGUUCCAAGUACUCAACCAAGCCAUGAUCAACAUACUCGGUCACUUUUUCGAAAUGUCAAAAGUCGACGCAGACAGAGCUAUGGGGAUCUACCGCGCCUUUACGCGACAGACAGACUAUGUAGUGCAGUUCUUGAGCGUUGCAAGGCAGCACGAGCACCACACCAGGGUCGAGGUUCCUAAGCUGAGGCACGCCCCUGUGAAUCUCGGCAGGCAACUCGAGGACUACUUGAAAGAUCCGGACUUUGAGAUAAACAGGAGGCAAUACCUGGCAGAGCUCGAGGCCAAGAAGAACAAGCCAUCUGGAGGCGGCAACGCCACAAAGAAAUUUGGCGCGGGAGCUCAGGUGGCCAGCAAGACAACAUCUAACCAGACAUCGACACCAGCUGCAAACGGAACCGCCAAACAAGAACCUGCCGCGGCUACAAAAGCACCAGAACCAGACUUGAUUGACUUUUUUGAUUUUAUCGAGCAAAAACAAGCACCAGCGCAGGCCCAGCCACAGUCCCAGGCCAAUAUGUCCCCCUGGGGUAGCCAGGCAGCACCGAACAUGGGAGGCUUCCAGACGCAACCGACGGGGCAGCAGUUCCAAACCAACGGCUUCAUCCCACAACAAACAGGCUUCCAAGCUACGAAUCCGUUCCAACAACAAAACUUUGGAGCUUUCUCGCCGCAGCAACAACCACAGUCUCCCCCACAGCAGCAGCAGAUGAUGCCUCAGUACACAGGGGCGGCUUUCGGUGGCAUGUCGGCCCAGACUGGCUUCCAGCCAAGCGCCCUCGGAUCAAUCCCUCAGGACUCGGUGGCUUCGUUCCAAACCAACAAUACUCUAUCGGCCCUCAAUCUUCAGACUGGUCAACAGCAAGUGACAAAUCCGUUCCGCGCAUCAAUGAUGAUGACGGGCCAGCAGCCACAGAUGACGGGCCAAAUGCAGCAGCAAUCGACCAACCCAUUCGCCAGGCCACAGACCCAGGCCUCUCAGCAGCCGACACUCAGUGGCUCAUCACCUUUCCAGUCACAGCCACCGGCGGCGGCGCCUUUGCAGCCCAUGGCGACGGGAACGAACCCAUUUGCGAGGAACGGCACGUCGGGGAUGCAAAGGCCAGCUACGAGCGCCGCGCUUGUUCCGCAGCCCACUGGAAGCACAAACCCCUUCAGGCAAAGUGCUUUCACAAAUCACUCGACAGGCAUGGGGUGGCAACAGCACCAGCAGCCCAUCGGUGGAGGUCUGGACCAGUUCGAGACCAUCCCAGUAUUUCCCAGACCAACAACAUCGAGUCCAUGGCAGAGUUGA